AUGGAGAAUCCAGAGAACCCACGAGUUUUCUUUGAUGUUCAAAUAGGAGGCGAAAAUGUGGGCAGAAUUGUCUUUGAAUUAUUCAAAGAUAAACUUCCUAAAACCUGUGAGAACUUCCGAGCACUGUGUACAGGAGAAAAGGGCACUGGAGAAACAACAGGAUGUCCACUCCAUUUUAAGAAUUGUCCUUUUCAUAGAAUAAUAAAGGAUUUUAUGGUCCAAGGAGGGGACUUUUCCAAUAAAAAUGGAACUGGGGGAGAAAGUAUUUAUGGAGCUAAAUUUGAAGAUGAGGGAUUCCCGUACAAACAUGACAAGGCAGGUCUUCUCAGUAUGGCCAAUGCAGGUCCUAAUACAAAUGGAUCACAGUUCUUUAUUUUGUGUAAGCCAGCUCAUCAUCUAGAUGGUAAACAUGUAGUUUUUGGAAAAGUUAUUAAAGGAAUGGGUGUUGUUCGUGAACUGGAGAAUGUGGAAAAAGAAGGAGAGAAUCCAAAAUUGGAGUGUAUAAUCAGUGAUUGUGGAGAGUUAGCCCCCGGUCAGGAUGAUGGUGUGUCCACAGGUGAUGAGACAGGUGAUGCGAUUCCAGACUGGCCAGAGGACUGUGAUGUAGAUUUCAGUAAUUCUGAAAACAAAGACAAAGUGUUAGAGAUGGUAAAAUCCAUAAAAGACUCUGGUAAUGCGUUGUUUAAGGAACAGAAAUAUCAACUAGCAAAGAGAAAAUAUAAAAAGGCUCUCAGAUAUUUAAAUGAAGUCGACAACAACAUGGAUUUAAGUGAUGAAGAAAAUAAAGACAUUGAAACAUCAUAUCUAAUUCCAGUUUCUCUUAAUUUAGCUGCAUGUCACCUUAAACUAGAAGAAUAUGAUCAAGCCAUUGAACAAUGUAAUGAAGUACUAGCAGCAAAUGAUAAAAAUGUCAAAGCGCUGUUCAGGAAAGGCCAAGCAGAGAGUGCCCGCAAGAACUUUGAUGUGGCCGUGGCUUGUUUAAGUGAAGCUGCUAAACUGGAACCAUCUGAUAAAGGUAUUCAGAGAGAGUUGGCAAGGGUUCAGAAGGUUAUAGAGGAAUAUAAAGCUAAAGAGAAAAAAAUGUAUGCCAAAAUGUUUGCAUGAAUUCUCACACAUCAAACUUUGUUGCAAACUAUUUCCUUUUACUUGAAUGUAUGUGUAUAAAUAUAAUCAACUAAUUAAUCAUACCAUUUUGAAUGGAACAUGUUUUAGAAUUAGUUUUAUGAAUGAUGAACUGUUAAUAUAGGAUGGCAAAAUAAGAAGGAAAAGCUACAGUAAAUUCAGAUGUUUCAUUUUUAGCUCACCUGAACCAAAUGCUGAAGUGAGAUUCUCUGAUUCAAGAAUGUCUGAUAUCCAUCUGUAAAUAUUUCAUAUUUUCAUUAACUUUUCCAGAACCUCUUUGUCAAUAUUUAUAAAACUUUCUAUAAAGCAUUGUUGGAUGAAUAAGAUACAGAUUUGUUCAAAUGAAGAGCCAUAUCCCUAUUUCAUAGGGAGAUAAUCAAGAAAUAGUGAAAAUGAGGGUCUUCUAGAAUCUUCUUUUCAAGAACAGCUAGACCAGAAAAGAAAGCUCCCACAUACAAUCAGACCUUUAAAUUUUUUAUUGGAUUUGAGAUAAUGAGGUUAAUAUACAUACAAAAAGUAGUGAGGCUUUCAUAUCCAUGGUAUUAGAGGUGUUGAUGUUCAAGAUACUUUAACUGUACAGUAGAUAAAUCAUAGCUCAUGGGGGCUAGGAUGGAGCCAAAAUAGGGAAUCGAAGUAUGGAUGAAAAUCUCAAGAACCGCAAAUUAGCCAUAAUGAUAUGCUAGCAUCCUAAUGUUGUGUAGAUUACAGUUUAUUCAAAUCAUGAUCCCUAGGUAUGCCACAAUUGGGGAACAAUACAGAAAUAGAUAUCAACAUUUGCAAGAACAAAAAACUUGUAAUGCUCACAUUUGAAGCCUCAAAUGUACUUUGAUAUUAAGUUGCUGCUCGUACAUUAUAGACUUUCCUUUGGUGACCACUGUAAGGAUUUUCAAUAGAUUGUUUGUGAAAGGAAACCUUUUAAGAAAAUUAUAUUUGGUCAAUACUAUUACAUGUACUACUUAUAUUGUAUGUCAGUAAUACAAGUAUUUUUACUUAAGUUUGCCUUUAAUUGAGCAUUGUGUAAAGGAUUUGUGAGGGUUUGUCAUUUCAUGCUUAAGAUUUGCUACAUUUUUUUUUUCAUUAUGAUCAAUUCUUUUUACAAGGAUUUAUACUGAAGAACAUAACAUUUUAUU